AUGACCAAAGCGUGGUUUGAUGUCGAAUGGAGCGAUGCCCGACUGGAUCAGUCGAGGAAGCAGGCACGAGCACAAGGCGAGACGAUACCUUCACCACAUCGUGGCCGGAUCGAGUUUAAGCUCUACGACGAUGUAGUGCCAAAGACAGCAGAGAACUUCCGAGCACUAUGUACAGGCGAGAAGGGCUUCGGCUUCAAGGAAUCCAAGUUUCACAGAAUCAUCCCACAAUUCAUGCUCCAGGGUGGUGACUUCACACGGGGCAACGGUACAGGCGGCAAGUCUAUCUAUGGUGAGAAGUUCAAAGACGAGAACUUCCAGAUCAAGCACAGCAAACCUGGUCUACUCUCCAUGGCUAACGCUGGUCCAAACACGAAUGGAUCACAGUUCUUCAUUACCACCGUUGUAACGUCGUGGCUGGAUGGCAAGCACGUCGUUUUUGGCGAGGUCACUAAUGGUAUGGAUGUGGUGAAAGCGCUCGAGGCGACGGGCUCAGGCUCAGGUCAAGUCAAGUUUGACGUCAAACCCACCAUCGUCGACUGCGGUGCCGACUCGAAAUAG